UUGUUCCUGAUUUUCAUGAGACUAGCUUGGUCAUUUCACAGCACACUUAUGGUGCUUUGUUAAGUGCCUGCUAUGUUACUAUCAUCAUCAUCUUCCUGACAAGAUGGUGCUGUAGAAAUCUUUGCAUACUGCUAUGGGCUUCCAAGAAAAAUGAUCUCAAAGGAAAACAAAGACAAGAUGAUAAUCAUUCUAAUGAGAAGAGUUCUAAUAUCACAAUGCACACUCUUUACAAAGGGUAGAAGUAAGACUUACCAAGAUUUAAAACAUACAUAGCUUGGAACACCCUGAAGAGCAACAUGGGAGAAACUGAGAAAAGAAUUGAAACCCAUAGAAUAAGAUGUCUUUCCAAGUUGAAGAUGUUUCUGUUGGCAAUAACAUGUGCAUUUGUAUCCAAAACCCUAUCUGGAUCUUAUAUGAAUUCCAUGCUCACUCAAAUAGAGAGACAGUUCAACAUCCCAACAUCUCUAGUUGGAUUUAUUAAUGGAAGCUUUGAGAUUGGAAAUCUUUUGUUGAUUAUAUUUGUGAGUUAUUUUGGAACCAAACUGCAUAGACCUAUAAUGAUUGGCAUUGGAUGUGUGGUUAUGGGCUUAGGAUGUUUCUUAAAAUCACUACCUCAUUUCCUCAUGAACCAAUAUGAAUAUGAAUCUACAGUUUCAGUUUCAGGCAACUUGUCCUCAAACAGUUUCUUGUGUAUGGAAAAUGGAACCCAGAUUUUAAGACCAACGCAGGAUCCAUCAGAGUGUACAAAGGAAGUUAAAUCAUUAAUGUGGGUGUACGUCUUGGUAGGCAAUAUUGUACGUGGAAUGGGUGAAACUCCCAUCCUGCCUUUGGGUAUUUCCUAUAUAGAAGAUUUUGCCAAAUCUGAAAAUUCUCCUUUAUAUAUUGGGCUUAUAGAAACAGGAGCUAUUAUUGGUCCUUUGAUUGGACUUUUGUUGGCAUCAUUCUGUGCAAAUGUUUAUGUUGACACUGGAUCUGUGAACACAGAUGAUCUGACCAUAACUCCCACUGACACUCGUUGGGUUGGUGCUUGGUGGUUUGGCUUUCUGAUUUGUGCAGGAGUUAAUGUGCUCACUGCCAUUCCUUUUUUCUUUUUGCCCAAAACACUUUCAAAGGAAGGACUGGAGAAUGAUGCUGACAUCAUUAAAAAUGAAAAUGAAGAGAAACAAAGAGAAGAGGACAAGAAAGAAAAAUAUGGAAUCACUAAAGAUUUUCUACCAUUCAUGAAAAGUCUUUCCUGCAAUCCAAUUUAUAUGCUUUUCAUACUUAUAAGUGUGAUACAGUUCAACGCAUUCGUUAGCAUGAUCUCUUUCAUGCCUAAAUACGUAGAACAGCAAUAUGGAAAAUCAUCUUCAGAUGCAAUCUUUCUAAUAGGUAUUUAUAACUUACCUCCAAUAUGUAUUGGAUACAUAAUUGGUGGUUUAAUUAUGAAGAAGUUCAAGAUUACUGUCAAACAAGCUGCCCACAUAGGAUGUUGGUUAUCCUUACUUGACUAUCUUCUCUAUUUUUUAUCUUUUCUCGUGACUUGUGAAAAUUCUUCAGUUGUUGGAAUAAAUACCUCUUAUGAAGGAAUUCCACAAGAUUUGUAUAUGGGAAAUAACAUCUUUGCUAAUUGCAAUGUGGAUUGCAACUGUCCAUCUAAAAUAUGGGAUCCUGUGUGUGGAAACAAUGGCUUGUCAUAUCUGUCAGCUUGUCUUGCUGGUUGUGAGACAUCCAUUGGAAUGGGAAUAAACAUGGUGUUCCAAAAUUGCAGCUGUAUUCAAACAUCAGGAAACUCAUCUGCAGUUCUUGGGCUGUGUGACAAAGGACCUGACUGUUCCUUGAUGCUCCAGUACUUCCUAAUCUUGUCAGCAAUGAGCAGUUUCAUUUAUUCUUUGGCUGCCAUACCUGGAUAUAUGGUUCUCUUGAGGUGUAUGAAAUCUGAAGAGAAGUCCCUUGGUGUGGGAUUACAUACAUUUUGCACAAGAGUAUUUGCUGGCAUUCCUGCACCUAUAUAUUUUGGCGCUUUAAUGGAUUCCACAUGUUUACACUGGGGAACUUUGAAAUGUGGUGAGUCAGGGGCAUGCAGGAUAUAUGAUUCUACCACCUUCAGAUACAUCUACCUUGGAUUGCCAGCAGCAUUAAGAGGAUCAAGCUUUGUUCCAGCCUUAAUCAUCCUAAUUCUUUUGAGGAAGUGUCAUCUACCUGGUGAAAAUGCCUCUUCAGGAACCGAACUUAUAGAGACAAAAGUCAAAGGGAAGAAAAAUGAGUGCAAAGAUAUGUACCAAAAGCCCACGGUUUUGAAUGAUGAUGAAUUGAAAACUAAAUUGUAAUUGCCCUAUUAUAUUACUUUUUUCAGAAUUGGAGAACAUGCUGUACAACUUAAUUAUUUUAAAAAUCAACAGAGGUACUAUAGAUAACUUUUUCUUGUCUUUAAGAACCUGAAAAAAAAAUUCUUAACUCAAAAUAAUAAAAUGUUCACUAAUGAUAUUUCUAAGGUAUCAAUAACACUUGAGUUUUCCUAGGAGGGUCAUCUCUAAUAGCCCCCUAAAGAAGAUUCUUAGAGCCAGCUUUAUUUUUAUGUUGAAACAGCAAUUUCUCUUAAUUCAUCAAAGUAAGGGUGUACUUCCUACAUCUCUUUCUACUAAUAGUUCUAAAAAUUUUCUGUUAUGAAAACCUAUUUAAUUCCACUAAAUUUGUGCUUUGAUAUUGGAAUUAUUCAGAUGUCUAAAUUCUCAUUCUGUUAUGUGAAGAUUUAAAUAUUUUAUUCAAGUUUAUCACUUCCAUGUGAGAGUAGCCUACAUCUUCUUAUUCUAUUUAGGAAUCCUUCUUUAACUCUUCUAUUUAUUCUAGGCAUGACUCCUAUAUAAUAGAUUAGUCAUAAAUAUACCUUCCUGCUUUCAAUUUUUUCUCGUCUUUGUUACUCAUACAUUUGAUCAAUUUGUACAGUAUACUGACAAACUUAAGCAGGUUAUUAAAAAUCAUGAGGCAAAGAUUGUUGGAUUUUUUAUUUUCAGCAAUUCAAAUCUGGUGACUAAAGUCUUUCUUAAAAGCAAGUGUCUGAAUCAAAGGAUGAAAGGACAAUAUUAUAAAAACUCCAGCUCUUAAAGUCUGUUUGUAAUGUCAGAUAUUGUCAAAGAACCACUUUCUCAGACUCAGGACUCUUUAGACCAAUGUUUAUACCACCCAUUGUGUCCUAAGGUAGAACACAAGCACUAAUUUUCCGAAAAUAAUCUUAGACAAUAGCUUCUGUUAUGAAACAGAGUUUAAUAAAGGCUAAGGUACAUAUUAAAAGCUAAAUCUACUUAUAUUAUUAUUUUGUAAAUUAUGGAUAAAAUUAAAAAUUGAAGGAUUUUAGAUAUAGAAGAGGACUUACUGAUUAAUAUAGGCUUCUGGUAAAAGAGGGUAGAAUGAACAGACAAAUACCAUUUGUCUACUCUUUAUUCUCCUUCCUGUUGAAAUGACAGUCAAUAUUUAAGAAUGACAUAAAUCCUAAUGGAUGAAGAGAAUGGAGUAAGAAAGGGUGGGAGAAGUGGGUGUUCAUACAUUAUGCUUAUUUAUGUGUGCUAUAAAUGGAGAGUGUCUGCAGGGAUACAACAGAGUGGAGGAAGCUGAAAUACAGAAUACACCUAGAAGAAGCCUGGAAUGGAAGUGUGAAACUGAGUUACCAGUUCAGGGUGUGAGUUGGUAGCUGGACAGAAAGCAGGCCAGUUAACUGAAGGACUUUGUACAGAUGCUUUACAGGUUAAUAUGAUUUCCCAAAUGAUCGGAUGCAUCACAUGAAAAAAGAAAGCAACUGAGAAGAGAAAGGCUGUAUAGAACAGGUUUAAGGGGAAGGAUGAAAAGCUAAGUUUCAGUUUCAUGAAGUUUGAGACUUCAACUCAGGGCAUAUUAAAAAUAACCAAGGUUCAAGAUGAGACUGGCCUUGAAACAAGAGAGAGGAACUAUAAUCAUUGGAAAGGGGGAGUUUAACUUUGAUGUAGGUAUGACUGCAGCAGUGAGAUAUCGUGUUAAGAUCUGAUGACAUGAAAUUUGGAGCCACUUCCUUUGUGGUGUGAGGAAGUGAGAAGAAUGGCCUGGAAACUAAAACAAGGAGAAAAGACUUACCUAUAUUCACAGAGCAGUAAGAAAAAGUAAACAGCCACUGCAUGAGAAGGUUUCAGGGGAAUCAGAUUUUGCUGAGUGUGCGAUGAUGAAGAGAAUGCUCAUUUCUGAACUGGAAUCUGAGAUAAAAAGAAGCGAAUAGGAGGUAUAUGGAAGUUAGACUUAUGGAAAUUAGAAGAAGGGGAAUGAGAGAUAGCUUGGAAUUCUGGCUAUUUAGGUGACUGACAUAAAUGGGAGCAGAGGACAUAAUGAGGUUAGUGCUUAUGGAUUCAAGGCAGACAGUGUUGGUGAAACUGUGAGUGUCAAAAUUAGGUGAGGUGGUGACUGGGCUCCCUGGUGACUUCUCGUCAUGGAGGAAAACUGAAUAAGCAAAACUUACUCAAGCUCCUGAGGCCUAUUCAUUAUCCCUAUUGAUCGAUUUGAGGUGAUCUGAGAAAGCUGUCUUACUUUGUGGACAAUUCACCACUUGCGCACCCUCAGUGGAGCAUCAUAGGCCCAGAGAGACGUGGCUAUGGACUUAGUACCUUGGCCUUUUAUCCCCUCAUGGAGGAGACGGCAUUUUACUCUGAAAGUAUAGGGUUCUCCUUUGACAUUUCUUAGUGGGAGAAAGCAGGUCAGAGAAAGUGGGUGUUGGAGUGCUUUGGGAUCCCUCAUGACCUCUGUUGUUGGUAUACGUGAAGCCUGGGAGUUUAGUUCUUAUUCUGAGCACUUGUACUGCCUCAUGAGGGUAGAAAUAAUGGCAUAGCAGACAGAUGGAGAAGAGAAACAAGAGAACAGGUAGUGAGAAGUCGAGAGUCAGUAAUUUUCUUUCUUAAUAUUGUGGGGAGUAUAAAGCUAAUGAAACUAGAAAUAGUGGUUUAAUGUAUUACUUAUAAUUCAAAAAUUAUAAGCAAUACAUUUAUUACUAUAUUUACAAAUGUUUACACAGUUUCUUUGUGAAUCCACCUAUGGUUUUAUUUUAAUUAAUUUUUUUAUUUCAAAGCAAUGAAAUGUUGCUUUGUGGAGUCCGAUAGCAUUAUAUCACGUAAAUGGGUUUCUGCUACAUCUCCACAUUAUUGGGGAGAUGCUUGAACACCUCAGAAUACACACACCCUUAAGGUUCAAGCGCUGGGGUUGAGCUCUACAUAAGGGAAUUUUCCUCCUCCCAGAAGGGCGAUCAUUGUAUAGACAGACAGGAAGACAGAACCAGAAUGACUUCUGUGGGUGGAAAUAGUGCCAUCAGAAUCAUUUAUUUUAUGAAAUAAAUAUUAUUUAUCUACAUUGAAAAAAUACUGCUCCUCCUAAAAUCAUUAACUUCUCCUCAGAUGACUUUAAGACAUUUGAGUAACAGCACAUGAAGUGGUAAAGACCCUUAGUCUUUCUGGUAGAUUAGAAGAGCCUUUUAAUUAGUCUCUGGAAGGACACUAGGGAUUGCAGCUGAAUAAAUAUAUUAAGAAUAACAAAUCAGUUCAACACUGAGUACAGUCUGAGUUGGAAUUUUCCAUGGAAAUUCUCUUAUGUCUCUUCUAACAAUAAGGAAGACAAAACAAAGACUAAGUAAUUAAACAAAAGCUCGAAAUGUUUUGUAACCAAAAGCUUUAAAUGUUAUGUAACCAGAAUGCUAUGUAACCAGAGCUGUUAGAUCAGAUACUGGCCGAUUCAUAGGUGAACCUCCGCUUUGUGGGUCCUCUCAUGCGUCCCCAUUUUGAGAAUGUAAGUAAUUUGACUUUGCAGCCCUUCCAAAAAGGGUACUAUCCCACUUCUCCUGGCAUAAAUCAUACAUUGACUGAACGUACACCAUCUGAAAAUCACUCAUGCUGCUUGAACCAAGGCCAUUAUCAGAGAAAGCUCCUGGUGGAAGAGGUUGUAGAUGUUAAAAGAGUAUGAUUUCUAUAUCAAAAAAAUGCAGAAAUUGACAGAAUGGUUCUUAUUUACUGGGCCUGAAGAAUUCCUGUUCUGGCAUUCUUAGAUCCCUCAAAUGUAUUACCAAGGGGAAAAGGAAAAAGAGGUAAGCAGGCAGUAGGGUAAGCCGUUGUUUGCUUGCCAAGGAACUGGAGAGUGCAGAUUUCAGGCUCCCUUGAGGAAAUUCUCCUGAGCCCUUAGCCAGGAGAAGAGAGCAGAGAAUGCUUUUCUGUAGAAUCCCAAGGGGCAUAAAAGAGGAUGAGUAACUGGGUCCUUUGCAAGUUCCCGACCCCUAAGCCUUCCCAACAUGGAGAAACUACACCAGUGUUCAAAAGUUUCUAGGUUGGAGGAACAAACUUGAGCAUCAAGGGCAGAUGAUUUGUUAACACAGUCCUGUGCAGAGGGCUCCUUUAGAAGGCAUCCCCUGUGACCAAAACACAGAGAGCACCUUCUACGUUCUGGCGUUAAGCCAUCAAUGCAUCCAGCUGUAAUCCAUCCUCAAACCUGGAAUCCAUCCCUUGACUUCCCAGCCAGACCACAUUCCAUCCCAUCACUGUGUCCAACCCUGCCCAGAAUGCAUGCUGUUCUCCCAGAGUCUCAUGGAAAUGAGGACUUGCACUGAAAUAGGCUGUGGGAAACAAAAGGAUAAGGAGGUCUGGACCAGUCUAUAAUGGUAGCGGGUGAAAACAACCUGUGGAAAAACACAUGAGUUCAUUAGGAAAUAAGGUGACAGAUCCCCAGCUGGUGAAGAACUAGAAUGUCUAUUAUGCUCAUACAAUUGAUGUUUUAAUACACCAGAGCUACCACACAAAACUUCCCUCCAUGUGAAAGCUUCCAGAUAAAAUCCCGCCAUCCCUCCUCUCCUCAUGUCCUCCUGCUCAGACCCACCUUCAUGCCCCUAAACCAAUCUGCAUCGUGCCUGUUUCAGAGAGUCAUGGGAAGAUGGGCAGUGCCUCCACUGUCACCAUUCCCCACACCUCUGCACAUUUCUGCCCCUUCCCCUCUAGACUCCACAACUUCACAGUCUUACUGUUGUAAAUAUUCCUGUACAGUUAGUAAUGUUCAAAUGAUCCUGUGGUCAGAGGCUUCUUUGGUGGUGUCUUCUUACCCUUAAGAGAGGUCAUGAAAUCCAGAAGGGGCAACCUUUCAAGGAGAGCUUUGGAGUCAUUUCUGUUUGAGACACUAUUGCAUAUUCCUGUAAGAUUGCUUUUAUAUUUAAGGAAUGAUGUUACUUAACAAAUGAACAAAAAAAAUUGCAAAUAAAUUUCUUAACAGUUU